GAUCGCGGCCGUGCGGCGCGGCGGGGCGAGGCUCCCCGCGGGGCCGGUGCCGUGCGGGAGCGGGGGUACCUCGGCCCCGAGGGGGCGGACGGGCGGGGGUCUCCAGCUGCCGAGAGCAACCCCGAGGACUUCACGGGAUUUUUUCCUUCUUCUCUCCUCCUUCUCCUCCUCUCUCCUCCUCCUCCCUCCUCCUCCUCCUCCUCCUCCCCCCGCUGCUCCUCCCGCUCCCGCUCCCCUUCCCGCGGCGGGCCGGCGGCCGCAGUAGACGCCGCGCUGCCGUGAGGAUGCCGCAGCUGCCGGGGGCCGGGGGCGGUGGGGGGGACCCGGAGCUCUGCGCCACCGACGAGAUGAUCCCCUUCAAGGACGAGGGGGACCCCCAGAAGGAGAAGAUCUUCGCCGAGAUCAGCCACCCCGAGGAGGAGGGCGACCUGGCCGACAUCAAGUCCUCCCUCGUCAACGAGUCCGAGAUCGCCCCCGGCGCCAACGGGCACGAGGUUUCCAGGCAGACUCAAGCGCAGGAUUCCUACCAUGAUAAAGGCAGAGAGCACCCCGAGGAAGGAAAGCAUCCCGACAGUGGCUUAUACAGCAAGGGACCAUCGUACUCUGGUUAUUCUGGGUAUAUCAUGAUGCCAAAUAUGAAUAACGACCCGUACAUGCCUAAUGGAUCUCUGUCGCCACCCAUCCCCAGAACAUCAAACAAGGUGCCAGUGGUACAGCCUUCUCAUGCGGUUCACCCCCUCACCCCUCUUAUCACCUACAGCGAUGAGCACUUUUCCCCGGGGUCGCACCCAUCUCACAUCCCCUCCGACGUCAGCUCCAAACAAGGCAUGUCCAGGCAUCCUCCAGCUCCUGAUCUCCCUACCUUCUAUCCCUUGUCUCCAGGGGGGGUUGGACAGAUAACACCACCUCUUGGCUGGCAAGGUCAGCCUGUAUAUCCCAUCUCGAGUGGAUUCAGGCAGCCCUAUCCAUCCUCACUCUCAGUCGACCCUUCCAUGUCCAGGUUUUCACAUCACAUGAUUCCUGGUCCUCCAGGCCCUCACACAACUGGAAUCCCUCACCCAGCUAUUGUAACACCUCAAGUAAAACAAGAACAUCCGCACAACGACAGUGAGCUAAUGCAUGUGAAGCCUCAGCACGAACAGAGAAAAGAACAAGAGCCAAAAAGACCUCAUAUUAAGAAACCUCUGAAUGCUUUCAUGUUGUACAUGAAAGAAAUGAGAGCGAACGUUGUAGCAGAGUGUACUCUGAAAGAAAGCGCAGCUAUCAACCAGAUUCUUGGCAGAAGGUGGCAUGGGAAGAAAAAGAAGAGGAAGAGAGAAAAGUUGCAGGAAUCAGCAUCAGGUGGGAAAAGAAAUGCUUUCUCAACUUGCAAAGCAAAGGCGGCGACACCAGGACCCCUUCUGGAGAUGGAAGCUUGUUAAACCCUAGGUGUGUCCUUCAUCCACACAGACCACCCCCAAGGAGUCUGUCUAGGAUGUCAUUCACCCUGAUGUCACUGCUAGAGACACUGAAUCAUAAAGACAAUCACUGCCAAAAUCCUUCACUGUCACAAGGUCCAGCCCCGAUACAAAUAGAGCAAAUGAGCUCCUGGGUCAGCGGAGCAGCUUUUGUCUUCACUCCACCUCUGCCUUGCACUCUUAAGCCCCCGUCUCAUCUGUGUCCAUAUCGAGUCAGCAAACAAAGUAGCGUGGCUGUCUCUGCCUGCUUCAGCCAACAGAAUAACGUAGACCACAGCUGCCCCAUACAGCACAUCAAGGAAUGGAAUUUGCCUGGACCAGGAUGACACACUCAACCUUCUUUUUAUUUAAUGGUGCGACAGGAUCAAUUUUGGUUUUAGCUUUUUUAAGAAACUUGAAUGCUUUUAUAUUUUAACUUUUAGUUUGUAAUUUCUUUGGUGUAUAUUUUACUAGGUAUGAGCUUUUAAACAAGUGUCAGAAAUCUGAAAUACUUUUUAAAAUAAAAGGGGUUUUUCUUUUUUUUUUUUUUUUCUGACAGAGGAAAAACCUGUAUGGAAAAAAGGUGGCUUUUUUUGUUAAACUAUUUGUAACAAAUAGUGGCCUCUCAGUCUAUAUAAUACAGUGUCCUAUAGAACUAAAUAAAUGUAACAACAGUCAGCUGGUCAGUAGACACCUCAGUCUUGCAUCAUCUACUCUGUAUACAUAAGCAAUACAUCCAGCAGAUCUGACUGCAGUGAGUUCUCCUUCUCACCCAUUCCCCUUCUCCUUGUAAAAAGCCCAGCACUUGAAUUAUUACUUCAAUUGUUCUGUAUUUGUAUCUGUUUUUGUUAGCCUGUUAGUGGGAUUUUAUGCCAGUUGUUGAAAUGAGCAUUGAUGUACCCAUUUUUUAAAAUAGUAAGGCGCAGCCUUUGCCAAAAAUACUGUCAACCGAUUAUUUUUUUUUUGUCAUUCCAGUUUGAGUUAAUGUGCUGAGCAUUUGUUUUUUAAUAAAAGCUUUGUAAUAAAACUAAAGUCAAUUGUCUGGCUUGAAAAAAAAUGAGACUGGCUUGCGCCAGAAUCCCUCGAAGGUAAGAAGCAAGCCCAGGAAGACACAGUCACUUCUAAGGCUGAAGAUUUUUGGCUCAUUCUUUCCUUGUAGGAAAUGCAACGUGUCUGUUUGGCUGUUUGCUCAUCUGAAGUAAAAUCAUUUUGGAAGAGGCGCUUUUUUUCUUCCUAAAGAGAGCAGAAGUCUCUUGUUUUCAUACCAGGAGUAAGGAAUGGGCAGGCUCGGUGCUCCCUUUUGCUUCUCAGUUAGAUACAGCCCAAGUGGAAGUACCAGGAUCUGUGAUCCCUCCCUCUAUCUUCAGUUUCCUAUGAAAAUCUUAGUGAACGCAGCAGUGGUUUUAAGCUGGUGAUUAGGAUUAUGGAUUCUGGAUGCAGUCCGUGCCCACACAAGGGGUAGGAGACUACAGUUGAAUUUCUUAUAGCUCUGUAAAUUACCCCGCGGUCAGGGACUGGAGCUGGAUGCAGAA